AUGUACUCAUCAUCAUGCAGCCUGGAUCUAGAAACUGAAACUGGAACUCAAAGGCCACUUGAGUGCAAUUUUAGUAAUAAGAGUUUUUUUCAAUCAAGCCAUUUAAAAAGAAAUAAAAGGACACAUACGAGGGAGAAGCCACAUGAAUGUGAUGUUUGUAAGAAGAGAUUUCGUGAAAGGAGCGAUUUAACAAGACAUAAGAAAAUACACACUAGAGAGAAACCUUAUAAAUGUGAUUUUUGUAAGAAGAUAUUUUCACAUGUUAGUAUUUUGGUUAAUCAUCAAAAAACGCACACCGGAGGAAAGCCUUAUAAGUGUGAUUUCUGUAACAAGCAAUUUUCACGCAGUUACUAUCUGGCUAUACAUAAAAGAACACACACUGGCGAGAAACUUUAUGAAUGUGAUGUUUGUAAGAAAAGAUUUUCGCGUCGUAACAAUUUGGUUAGACAUCAAAGAACACACACUGGGGAAAAGCCUUAUGAAUGCGAUGUUUGUAAGAAGAAUUUUUCACGUGCUAAUAAUUUAUUUACCCAUCAAAAAACACACACUGGGGAGAAACCUUAUGAAUGUGAGAUUUGUAAGACGAGAUUUUCGCGUAGUAAUAAUUUAGUUAGACACCAAAGAACUCACACUGGAGAGAAACCUCAUGAAUGUGAUAUUUGUAAGAAGAGAUUCUUACAGUCUGCUGGCUUAGCCAAACAUAAAAGGACGCACACUGGAGAAAAACCUUAUGAAUGUGAUGUUUGUAAGCAGCGUUUCUCACAGUAUGGUGGCUUAGCUAGACAUCAAAGAACACACACUGGAGAGAAAGAUUAUGAAUGUGAUGUUUGCGAGAGAAGGUUUUGCACUUUUGCUCAAUUGACUUGUCAUAAAAGAACACACACAGGAGAAAAACCUUAUGAAUGCGAUAUUUGUAAAAAGAGAUUCGCGCAAUUUAGUAGUGUGGCUAGACAUAAACGAAUACACACUGGAGAGAAACCUUAU